AUGUCGUCCUUCGAACCAGUGGUCGUUAUCGACGGCAAGGGACACCUCCUGGGUCGCCUGGCCAGCACUGUUGCCAAGCAGCUGCUCAACGGCCAGAAGAUCGUCGUUGUGAGAUGUGAGGCCCUCAACAUCUCCGGCGAGUUCUUCCGCGCGAAGCUCAAGUACCACGCCUACCUUCGCAAGAUGACUCGCUUCAACCCCACUCGUGGCGGUCCUUUCCACUUCCGCGCUCCCUCGCGCAUCCUCUACAAGGCUGUCCGCGGCAUGAUCCCGCACAAGACUGCCCGCGGUGCCGCCGCCAUGGAGCGCCUGAAGGUCUUCGAGGGUGUCCCUCCCCCCUACGACAAGAAGAAGCGUGUCGUCGUCCCCCAGGCUCUGCGUAUCCUGAGACUGCGCCCCGGCCGCAAGUACUGCACCGUCGGUCGUCUCAGCCACGAGGUUGGCUGGAAGUACCAGGAUGUUGUUGCUAGACUCGAGGAGCGGCGGAAGGUCAAGAGCAAGGCUUACUACGAGCGCAAGAAGGCCGCUCGUCGCAACCUUGCUCAGGCGGAGCAGAAGGCGAACGUGAACAGCAAGACCAAGACCCAGCUUGCUCAGUACGGCUACUAG